AGCUGAGGUGGGUCGAUCGUGAUGGCUACCAUUUUCUCCGGGACGAGAACAUUGAAGCCCCGGCUGAUGAACCGCCCUGAAGCCACAACUACUAUCCUCUUCUUUGUUAUUGUCAUCACCCUCACCUUUAUUUCUCGGGUUCGGUUUAACCCUCUUUCUGUUCAUCCCAAUUCAAGUACACCCAGCAAGAAAGCGGAAUACCCAGCACUGCAAUGUCCCAUUGAAAACCAAACACAAACCUGUUCGACGAAUUUCCCAACAACCUUGGACGGCGAUGACGUGGAGCCACCAUCAAGAGACACAUGUCCAGACUAUUUCCGGUUUAUCCACGAGGAUCUACGGCCAUGGAGAGCCACAGGAAUCAGCAGGGAGAUGGUGGAGAAAGCCAAAAGAUACGCACAUUUUCGGCUAGUGAUAGUGAGCGGCAAGGUUUAUGUUGAGAAGUACAAGGAGUUUAUAGAAAGGCACUUGUUUACGAUAUGGGGGAUUUUGCAGCUUAUCAGAAGGUACCCUGGCAGGGUUCCCGACUUGGAGCUGAUGUUUGACACCGACGACCGGCCGGUUAUCCGAUCAACUGAAUGGAACACGACGGGUCCUCCGGCGUUGUUCCGGUACUGUGGUGAUACGUGGACAAGGGAUCUUGUUUUCCCUGAUUGGUCCUUCUGGGGUUGGCCAGAGAUAAAUAUAAGACCAUGGGAAGGUUUGCUGAAGGAAAUUAAAGAAGGAAACAGCCGGAGCAAAUGGAUUGAAAGGGAACCAUAUGCCUACUGGAAGGGAAACCCAUAUGUAGCUAGAACCAGGAUGCAGCUCCUUCAAUGCAAUCUCUCCGACACACAGGACUGGAAUGCUCGCUUAUAUGUUCAGAACUGGACUCUUGAGUCUCAGAUUGGAUAUAAGACAUCAGGCCUUGCAAACCAAUGCACACACAGAUACAAGAUCUAUAUUGAAGGAUAUGCAUGGUCUGUGAGCGAGAAAUACAUUCUAGCCUGUGAUUCUGCGACACUACUUGUAAAACCAGAGUUUUAUGAUUUCUUCACAAGAGGUCUAGAGCCUUUGCAUCACUACUGGCCAAUAAGGGGCGACGGCAAGUGCAAAUCCAUCAAAUUUGCUGUAGAUUGGGGAAACAAACACGAAAAAAAAGCACAAUCUAUGGGAAAAGCAGCAAGUGACUUCAUUCAACAAGAGCUAAAUAUGGAGUAUGUGUAUGACUAUAUGUUCCACAUGUUAACUGAAUAUGCUAGCCUCUUGAAUUUUGAGCCUCAAGUUCCCAAAGGAGCAGUGGAGGUGUGCUCCCAGUCCAUGGCCUGUUCUGCAAAGGGAACUGUGAAGAAGUUCAUGAUGGAGUCCUUAGUGAAGGAACCUUCUUUGACAAGCCCAUGCAUCAAUCCUCGUUAUGAACCCCAAGUUGUUGGAAAUUUUUAUAAGAGGAAUUCCAAUCUAAUAAGGCAAGUGGAGAAGUGGGAAGAUAAGUAUUGGGAAAAUGCAAAUUCUCAGAGUAGAUCUUAA